UGACAAUUUUUUUUUUAAAAUAUUUAAUUAAACAAAAUUCGCACAAUCUAGAAAAUAAGUGAUUUAUAGCAAAAUUUAAUAAAAUUAUUAGUUUGUUUUUCAUUAUAAAAUAUUAUUGUAUAAGAGUAAACUUUUUCUAAUCAUGUCUACGAGAGGAAGCGGUAGACUUACUAAAGAGAUUUCCAUUUACAAUUAUCCAGAACAUUUAAAUCCUUUUUAUAAAGAUGAUCAACAUUGGCGCUUGAGAUCUUGGGCAUUAAAAAAACUUGGUCUUGCUCCGAAGAGUGGUUCCUCUGAUACUAGGCUAACCGGUAAGCGGUCAUCAACUUUGGGAAUUAAUAAAACCUCAGAAAGUCCACCAGAAAGCCCAAGACGUGACGUUGAAGAAACUAAAAUAGAAUCGUUCCGUAGUACCAACACUGAUACUAAUUCUCGAAGUAUGUCCGGAGGUGCAGAGGACAUCACACCAAAAGAUUGGCUUGGAUUACAACAUGAUAAAAGCUUAGUUGGUACAAAAUCAUCAACUUCAAUGCAAGUCAGAAAACGGUCGUUGGGAAGCAGAAAGUCAACUAAUCCAUUUGAAUCGGACGAUGAAGCAACGAGCCAGGAGAUCUGCGCAUCUUCAUCGGAUAUAUCUCCGUUAAUUAUGAAUAGAUCAAAUACUGGACAGCUAACCGAUUCAAAAUUUGACAUGAAUCCUGUAGCAGAAAAUUCACGAAUUCCUAAAAUUUUGUUGCAACAACUUCGUUCAGUUAACGUAAAUCAUGGAAAUGAUAGUGGCAUUGUCAUGAAAAAAGCAUCCGAUUGUAGUCAGUUUUAUGAAAAAGAAAAUAUGUUAUGCACAAAUCUUAUGGAAGCAGAACGCAAUGGAGUUGGUGGAGAUAUAGCAGCCGGUGUAGUACCAAAAAAAUCGGGAAAAUGCGAUUGUGACAUAUUAUCAAAUUCUGUGGCUAUGAAAACUGAUGAGAACAACAUAUCAGUGAAGAAAGGUGUCACAGUUAAAGAACUAUCUUUCUUGGCAAAAAUCAGGAGAACUUUUACAAGAUCUCAUUACCAAAAGUCUAAAAGUAUUUCACAAACAGUGAAUACUGAAUCUAAAAUUGAAGAAAAUCCUCACUUUGAAGUACAAUUUGAAGACGCAGAUUCAGCACAAGAAGUAAUUGAAGCAUCUGAAUCAAAUAGUGGACGAGGCCUAAAAACUGUUGACAUUCUGGAAAAAGCUGCCAAUAUUAUAAAAAUAUCAAAUAGAAUUAAAAGAAUGAAUUCGAAAUUUAAAAAUGUUGGAACUGAAGACCUCAAUAAACUUCGAAUAGUGGAAGAUGGAGAAGAAGAUCUAUUAAAUAAUCUUCGCAUAGUAGAAGAUGAAGGAGAAGAUUUAUUAAAUGCAAGAUUUAAAGAACAACAAACUUUUGAUAAAUUGGUAGCAAAACAUGACGCAGUAUCUAAACACCCCAAUAAUUUACGUAUAGUAGAGGAUAUAGAAAAAGAUUUAACGAAUAAAGCUGGUUCCAGGAUGAUUAGAGAACAACAAUUGUUAAACAGUUUGUCAUCAAUAUAUAGACCAGGAACUGAACACCUCAUUCAGCUGCGUAUCGUAGAACCUGGAGAAGAAAAACUACUAAAUGCAGCAGAUUUCAGGUUUAAGGAACAGCAACCACUUAAUAAAUUAGCAACAAUACAUAGACCAGGUGUAAGACCAUUACUUUUUGGUCGCUUGAAACCAGUUAAAGUACCAGAAAUUUUUAACGAUACGAUUGCUGAAAAUAAAGUAGAUAAUGAUUUUAAUGAAAAUAAUAAAUCGAUCUGUUUGUUAACAAAUCACAUAUCAGGAAUAAACUCUUCUCUCUAUGGACAAGUCAAAACCAUAAACGCGUUUAUACCAAAAAUCAAUGAAUUUGUCACCACUGAGUCUAAAGGUGCUAAAAUCUUCGAUGAAAUAAAAGAAUCAAACAGGUUACUUGAUUUUGCCAAGCAGAGGAAGAGCAUAAAAAAUUAUGAUGGCAUGACAUACAAACAAAUCGAAGAAAAAGUUUGUAAAAUAGGGGAAAAACGAAAGAGGUAUUUCGAUUUUGUCAGUGAUCAGUGUAAUCUGGGGUUAUCUAAAAGAUUUAAGUCAUGCGAAGGCAAUGUCCAAUCCCAUAAUGAAGAUUUUCUUAAUACUUGCUCAGCUACAAUCAGCAGACAAAAAUCAAUACUUAAUGGAUUUAAAUAUAAAGGCAGAAAUAUAACUGGCCAAAUAACACCAUUGGUAAAAGAUAGAUGUUUAUGUUUACAUUCAGAGGCAACCCCAAAUCGAAACUCUACCAAACCUAACAAAAAACUAAAUAAAGAUAUCUAUGUGAAUGACAAGUUAACUCACGACUAUUACAAUAUAUUACGUAUAACUGAAGAAGGUGAUUUGGUUGAUAGUGGGUACGGUGGAAGUCCGAGCUUUGGUUCAAAUGUAGUACGCAUGCAGUCUGUAGAUGGAGGCGGAAGCGACGAAAAGGAACGGCAGAUUUCAGGGUUUAAGAGAUUUAAUUUUGACACAAUUGACCUCUCUAAAAAAAAUUGGCAAUUUUCUACUCUGACAACUUUUCAAAAGUCUAGUGCACAUCUCAAUAUGGUACAGGCAAAAGAUAAGUAUUUUAAAAGUCCGGUAAAAGGACAAAAUAAGCAGGAUAUGGAAACAGAAGUUGAUAAAAUGACUAAAAUAUGUAGUAGUGACAGCAAGAAGUUAUAAAGACUAUAAGUCUUAUGGCUACAGAUAAUGGUUGUUCUUUUUGUCUGUUGAUGUGGAUUUGACACAUCUACCUGACGAAUGAUCAAAAUUAAUAACGCUUCAAACUUUCAAUCGUUUUUUUUUAUAAUUAAAGAAAUUUUUAAUGAAAUAGUUUUUUUCAAAUACCUAUUUCAGAAAAACAAUCUAAGAACUAACAAUUUUCUUGCUACAUUUCGGAGUCUUAAAUUCUUGGUGUUUGGUUUAAAUAUGGAAAGUCAUUUGUGGUGUAAUAAUAAUUUUUU